UAUUGCCCGGACAUCACUAAUCAUAUUUUAAGGAAAUCUAAAACAUUUCCGUUAUGGUCGUGUGUUUGUCGUGAUACUUUCAAUUAUGGCAGAGUUCCGGCGACGAGCAGCUGCAGUGAGUCAAUGUUCAAUAACAUCAGAAACCGAUAUUUUGGAAACAUGACAUUUCCAAUUCGUGUGGAUGAUUUUAUUGUAAAGCAUACAGACAUCAUUGAUGGGAAAAUGCAUAUGAGUGGAAUAGAUACGACACCGACGAUGUCUUCACAACAAUCGCCAACAGAUGUGAAUUCUCCACGAUCGUUCUGCAAGGAACCACUUCAUCGUGAUUCCUCAGUUACUUGCAAAAUUUGCACGUCCUCGUUUGCUGCAACGAUUCCUGAAGAUGAGCCACUGGACAAGCAUCUGUGUCAAUUGUGUCUGCGGAUGUCAAAAGAGGAAAUUGAGAACAUUCUGGCCUCCAGAACUUAUGAAAAUUGGUACGGGCUAGUGGCAAAAGAGGAAAAAAAGAAAAUAGCCGUAGAAAAAAAACGAAAAGUUGAAACACAAUCACUAUACUUGCAGCCGAAUUUUACCGAAAAUCAGCUUUUACUGCAUCAAUCACUUAAACGCUUUCCAGUAUUAAAAAAUGGAAAUAGUUGCACUGCACCUGUACCAGUCGAUGGAAAAGCCACAGUUUUAUCAAACACUUGUGCAUUUGAUUCCAUUGCUCAGAUCUUCACGGUUGCAUGUUUUGACGAUGCCGAUUUUAUGGAGUGCUGCAAAAAAUCAAAACUGAUUUUCUUCGAUCUUAUUGCAAGCAUGAGUACCCACCAACUGAAUUACGGCAUGUACAUUACGCGAGCAAAAUUAUUAAAAUCGUUGAUGCCAUUUCAAGAAGGAGAGGAAAUCGACGCAGUGAAAUGCCAAAUUAACGCUGGAGAAUUAUGCGCAAAACUGUUUUCAAAAAUUCCCAGCUUUACAACGAUCAAAACUUGUAGUACUGGCUGCGCUCCCAUAGAAAAGGAUUGGCCAACAGUUUUAGUGCCACUCAACGAAAUAAAACAAAUUCCUCAGUAUUUGGAGAAAUCUGUAUUUAUUAGACAUGCAAAGCCAUGUCGAAACUGCAAAAUAACAACAAAUAUUGAUUUUCGAAUUGGGCCCUUUGCAAUAGUCGAGAUAUACCCUGUAGACGAUAAUAACUGCAAUAUACAACUGAAGGAUAUUCAAAAAUGUAUUGAAUUUAAGAAUAAAAAUAAACUGCAGCUACUUGGUGUCGUCAAAUUUAGAGAAUUUAUUUCUCGAAAAAAUACAAGAAAUCAAGAAAUGAAAAAAUUAAAAACCGCCAUUGAGAAUAAAGAAAAUAUUCUUUCAAAAAACGAAGUUCCGGUAAAUGGCCAUUACACGGGUCUUGUUUUGUGUGGAGAUAACUCAUGGAUAGAGUUUGAUGAUUUUAAUCCCCAACAAAAGCCAAAAAAAAUAAAAGACUGUACGUGGCUUCAGCCACAUGUAGCCAUCUAUAAGCUUAAAAAAUAAAUAUUUAUUUUAAUGAAUAGUUUGUUUUUAU